UUAGAUCAGACAUCACUGGCAAUCCAGUUGCGAAAAUGGGUUUCCAGAGAAGCGUAUUGGCUUUCGUUUUCUUGAUAUUGGCUUCACGAACAUGCCUCUCUUCUAGCCUUCCUACUGAAUACUCCAUAUUGGAACAUGACCUUGAUGCAUUCCUUUCUGACGAACGGGUGGUGGAGAUCUUUCGACAAUGGAAAGAAAAGCAUCAGAAAGUGUACAAGCAUGUUGAAGAGGCGGAGAAAAGGUUUGAAAACUUUAAGGGGAAUUUGAAGUAUAUACUGGAGAGGAAUGCCAAGAGAAAAUCAACUGAGGGGGGACACCGUGUGGGAUUGAACAAGUUUGCUGAUAUGAGUAAUGAGGAGUUCAGAAAAGCUUACCUGGCAAAGGUGAAAAAGCCCAUCAACAAGGGGAGCACUCUAUCAAGGAACAUGAGGAGAAAGGUGCAGUCCUGUGAUGCACCAUCAUCCUUGGAUUGGAGGAACUAUGGAAUUGUGACUGGCGUCAAGGACCAGGGAUCCUGCGGAAGUUGUUGGGCAUUCUCUUCAACUGGAGCCAUGGAAGGAAUAAAUGCCUUGGUUACUGGAAACCUUAUUAGCCUUUCAGAACAAGAGCUUAUGGAUUGUGAUAGCACCAACUAUGGGUGCGACGGAGGAUACAUGGACUAUGCUUUCGAAUGGGUUAUAAACAAUGGUGGGAUCGAUUCGGAAGCCGACUAUCCCUAUGAAGGUGUGGAUGGCACGUGUAACAUCACCAAGGAGGAAACCAAAGUUGUAUCUAUUGAUGGCUACAAAGAUGUAGAGGAAUCAGACAGUGCUCUCUUAUGUGCUGUUGUUCAGCAACCCGUUAGUGUGGGAAUUGAUGCUUCCUCAAUUGAUUUUCAACUUUACACUGGUGGAAUUUUUGACGGUAGCUGCUCGGACAAUCCAGAUGACAUUGAUCAUGCUGUUUUGAUAGUUGGUUAUGGCUCAGAAGAUGGUGAAGAUUAUUGGAUAGUGAAGAAUUCAUGGGGAACAAGUUGGGGAAUGGAUGGAUAUUUCUAUCUAAAAAGAGACACUGAUUUACCAUAUGGUGUCUGCGCUGUCAAUGCCAUGGCCUCUUAUCCAACCAAAGAAUCCUCUUCACCAUCUCCCUAUCCAUCACCAAGUGUCCCUCCACCACCGCCACCACCUUCAACUCCACCACCACCACCCCCACCCCCACCUCCAUCUCCUUCACCAAGUGAAUGUGGAGACUUCUCCUAUUGUCCAAGUGAUGAGACAUGCUGUUGCCUUUUUGAAUUCUAUGAUUAUUGCCUAAUAUACGGCUGCUGUGCAUAUGAAAAUGCCGUUUGCUGUACUGGAACUGAAUACUGCUGCCCUAGUGAUUACCCCAUUUGUGAUGUCCAAGAAGGACUCUGCCUCAAGAACGCGGGAGACUAUCUGGGAGUGGCUGCUAAGAAGCGAAAGAUGGCUAAGCACAAGUUGCCAUGGACUAAAACAGAGCAAACAGAGAAGACAUACCAACCUCUGCAGUGGAAGAGGAACCCCUUCGCUGCAAUGCGCUGAAAAAAAAUGAACAAUACUUAAUCAUUUCUCUCAGAAGUUGAAGGUCGUUAUUACUUUAAGUCAUUUUCACUUUUCCCCCACGGGGGAGGCAUCAUCUCAUCCUUUGCUUUCAACAUAUGUUUCAAUUGAACGCUGCACAUAUGCCGGCAAGCAAUUCCAGGAAGAGAAGAUAAAAAAGGGAAAAUUUGUUUGUUUAGAUGGUGCAUCUGGAUUUGGAGACAGUGUUUUUCCAUUCGUCAGAGGGUAUAAAAACUAUGCUUUAAUUUAUUUCUCCAGGCUUGCUUCCAUGAUCAAGCCAUCUUGGCGUUGUUGGUCAUCCAAGCCUUGUAAUAUAUAAUAUAUCUAUUACAUAUUUGGACUUGAAAAUAAGGGCCUGUUAGUUAUCUACA